UCGCUACUCGAGCUACUCGAGCUACUCUAUUAGUUCACGCCACGCCAAAACGACAAGGUCGAGACCGAGGUCAACACCGAGGGUUACGAGAAGAGACAUCAUAGCGUAUCAUAUCAUAUCUUCGCGAUAGCGCUAGCGAUAGCUAUAGAGCAAAGCAAAGUCAAGCAAACUAAAGUCAAGCAGGAUAGCUUGUUCAAGAAGAAGAAGAAGAGGACGACAACCAAACCUCUGAGUCGAAAGUUGAAGGCGAGAAUAAAGCGCAUCAAAGAGAGAACAAACAGAGAGAAUAAAAAGGGAUGGCCUUUCACCCGUUCGAGGUCAACGCACCUCAUCUGGUCUAUGCGUUCUUAGGGGGGUUUGUCGUUAUCUUCGGACUAUUCUCCCUGUUCAUCAAAGAACGGUUAUAUGUCGGUGAGGCUGUUAUCUCGACCGUCGUCGGAAUCGCUAUCGGACCUUACGCGAUCGACCUGGUCAACCCCCAUGCCUGGGGAGGCGGACACGAACAGAACAAUGAAAAGGUCAACGAGAUCACGCUCGAGGUGACUCGGGUCGUCCUCGCCAUCGGCGUCUUUGCCAUCGGGGUCGAGUUGCCGAAGACGUAUUUGAAGAAGCAUUGGAAAUCUCUGGCCAUGCUAAUCGGACCUGGAAUGGUCUGGGGCUGGCUCGUCUCGGCGCUGUUCGUCUGGGCCAUUUUCCCGAAGAUCGAAUUCCUCUCCGCCCUGGCCAUCGCCGCUUGCCUCACCCCGACAGAUCCCAUCUUGGCGCAGGCGGUAGUCGGAGGAAAGUUUGCCGACAAGCACGUGCCGGCGCAUAUUCGACACUUGUUGCAGGCCGAGUCUGGGUCGAACGAUGGGGCCGCGUUUCCUUUCCUCUACCUGGCGCUCUACUUGAUCAUCGACAACGACGACCGGCACGCCGUCGGAGAGUGGUUCUACAUCACCUGGCUGUACGAGGUCGCUCUCGGAAUCACCAUCGGGACGUUGAUCGGGUUCACCGUCCGCAAGGUCAUGAAGUUUUCCGAACGCAAGGGGUUGAUCGAUAGGCAGAGUUUCGUCGCUCAAUACGUCAGUUUGGCCAUCCUGACCAUCGGUGUUUGUACUCUACUGGGAAGUGACGACUUGCUCGCUGCGUUUGCUUGUGGAAGCGCUUUCGCCUGGGACGGAUUCUUCAACAAGGCCACCGAGGAUAGCAUGUUUUCCAACGUCAUCGAUUUGCUGUUCAACUGUGCUUGUUUCAUCUAUAUCGGGAUGGUCAUUCCGUUUUCUGAUUGGAACGACGCUGCGACAUCCAUCAACGUGUGGAGGCUCUUCCUUUUGGCCAUUGCCAUUCUCCUGCUUCGACGCCUGCCAUUCAUGCUCGCCGCCUACCGAUGGAUUCCCGACAUCAAGACGUUCCGAGAGGCCGCUUUCACCGGUUGGUUCGGUCCUAUGGGAGUCGGAGCCGUUUUCAUCGCCACGCUGGCCAAGACCAAGUUGCCUGAGCCCCACGAAGACGGACCGAUUGGUCAGGCAGAGCUCUUGAGCGCGACCAUUCAGCCCAUCAUCUUCUUCAUCGUCCUUGUGUCGACACUGUGUCACGGACUUUCGAUCCCCUUCUUCUCGUUGACCAAGCGAGUCCACUCGAUCUCACGAACCUGGUCGAGGCAAUCGAUGGGUGACGAGCCUGCCUGGUCAUCGCAUGCCCGUCGUAUCCAGCCCGGCGAGUCGAUCAGAGUCAACCGGGACGACGACGACAGAGAAGACGGAGCCGGUCUCGACGACGGGACCGCCGAUCGAGGCGGUGGCCUCUCCGAGAAACGUCGCUCGUCGAACGAGAUGGCCACCACCGAUACGACCGAUUCGGGGACUACCUUGGCCGGAAGCCGACAAUACGACGAAAAGGCUGGAGAACGGGCCGACGUGGAUGCCAUGGAGAGGGGUGAAUAUACCGGCAACGAUGGCGAAAAGCAGGGUCAGGUAAUGAAUGAAGAAGAGCAGAGCCAACGAGACGAAAGGGAGACCCCCAUCCUCGCCGAAUACCGUGAGGGAAAUCAUCUCGUACGGGAACGUCUGAAAGACGGAGAAGAUGAGGUCCAAGUCGAGGUCAUUAAGGACUAUUUCCACGCGGAAAAGCCCAACGAAAAGUCCACGUUCUGGCACCCUCAACCUCUGCGCCGACACGAGGUCGACAAGUUGCACGAGCACGUCGAUGAUGGAGCGGAGCAUGCGGCUAGUACGGUCAAGAACGGGGGCGAGGAGCAGGAAGAUCCCUUGGGACUGGGUCUGAUGGGACCCAAAGCGCGUCGAGAGAACCAGAGAGAAGAAGAAGAAAAGGAAGAGGAUAACAAGAAACGAGAGGCCGCAUUGGCCGGUGCGGGGCAUAAAGAACAGAAGCGGGCGGCUCAUGAAGCUAGACGGGUGGACAGUCGACGUCACGAGGAAGAAGAUCGAGAGGUCAAGGCGGAAGCGAAAGAACAGCAGCAUCAGCAAGCGAGGGAUAUUGCAAGGGAGGAUUCGAAGGUGACGACGAGGGGGGAGGCGCAUGAGCAGGCGAGGGCGAAUGCGAUCGGUCGUGCUGGACCCGCGGACGGAGAUGAUCGAUCUCAGCAAGACGAAGAUGAGGACGCGUAUGAGGAUGUGGACGAAGACGAACAACCCGCUACCGCCAGCCGACGGGGCAGCGGAUCACACUUGCCAGCCACACAGAGGUCCCACAGGCAGAACUCGAACAAACCGUCCACGAUCUUUAUCCAUUCUAGACCGGUUGGGAGAAGGAGGGAAUCGGUCAGGCAGCAGGUAUUUGGUGGGGCUCAUCCCGGUGGUACGGAGGUUAAAGGCGGAAGGCAGAGUCGAUCGGGUUCUAUCGCCGAUCCGAAUCACCUCGCCCCGCCUGGAAGUGGGAGGAGGGGACGACCGAUCUUGAACGAUACGAGCCGGGAAGGGUCUGCUGUCGGGUCGAUCUCGAGCGCCAAAUCCAGAUCUAACCUCAGCAAUGCCAACACCAACUUCAGCCCGAGAUCGAGGGACGUAUCUCCAGCUUCCCGGUCUCGAGGACUGAGGUUCGCAGAAGGAACUGCAGAAUCCAGUGAAACCGCUCCAGGACCCAGCUUCUAUAAACGACCGGCCAAUCAUAACCCGGACUUGGCGAUCACCCGCACGGCGAGCGUGCAAAGUAACGGUGGUGGCGCUGGAGAAGAAACGCCCAAGGGACAGACUUAUUACAACAACAGACCUUCUGGGGGUUCGGGCUUGCAGAUGUACAAGUCUCGGAGCAUCCAGAGUGGCCUUGGAGGAGAUCGGAGCGAUGGGGAAGAAGAGAGCGGGAAGGGCGGGUUCUUGAGUCGGUUGAAGCGACGGGGAAACUAGUUUCGGUGGGGUCCUGCAGAGUUGGGUUUGAAGCGCGAAGAGAAGUCCGAUCGUUAUGACAUGUAGCCUAUAUUCUGGAGUCAGAUUGAUAGCAUGUGUGGUCUGAUGGCAUCACGUAACCUAUAAUACGAUCGCCUGGGG